UAUCCUUAAUAAACGUAUCUGACUUACUAACAUGAGACUGUAAAAAAUGGUCAACAAAUCUUGAUAGAGGUUCUAGGACUGAACCCAUGCCAGAACAAAUUGAAUGACCAGUUGAGAUUCCUAUAUUGAGAGGGCUGGACCAGAUAACCUUCAAGUCCCUUCUGACUUUACAAUUCUAUGAUUCUAUGGGAAAGGCUUCUGAGAACAUACAGUAAUUUAGAAUAGUCAUAACUUCACUACAUUAUGUGCCUGGCAAAGAUUUAUAAAUUUUCUUAGCUCUCUAUGCUAUUCUGAGUUAGCCUUUUCCCAUGCUGUCUCUUAUUAAUUUCCAAUGUCAUUUUGUUCUUGUCUUAUGUGUAGGCGUAAAAGCAACCGGAGUUUAAGAAGCCUACUAAACACACCAAAUCUGCAUUUCACAUUCCUAUUAUGGGAGAUCUUAAAAAAAUUCUUGAAAGAGGCGAAUAUAUUCCCUUGAGAUCUGCUCCUGUGUUUGAAAGCAAUUUUGUUCAGGUGAAUAGAAGGGGUGAAUCAAUUUACCUUCACAAUCGCCCCAACUAUGUGACCAUGGGCAUUUGUGCCUCCAGCUCAAGCCAGUCAUUGCCAAAUGUGAUGGUGCUUGCACAUGCAGCUUCUUCGUCCUCCCAGGAAGCCAUUUCAGCACGCCAAGCAAGUAGAAGGCAAUCAAGUUCUGAUGAACUAGUGCUCACCAGGUUCUUACCCUUGAAGUUUGUAGAUGUUACUGUUCACAAUGCUAAGAAAAGACGCAUCAAACUGAAGCUGGUGAGUGGCCGUGCCUACUACCUAGAACUCUGUGAGCCCCUACAGAAACAGCCCCAGCUCUUCCGACAGUGGGUGCGGCUCAUCAGUCUACUGAAAUCUAAAUAUAAAACUUCUUCAGUCAAUACCCUAUAUAAAGAUUUUAAGACUCAUGAGGAAAACAGAGCCACAACAAGCAAGGCAUUACAAGGAUACAAUCAAGCAGAGACUCCCACCAAACCACAAACCAGCGAAGAGCCAAUAAUAAAACCAGAAAUAAUCAAGAAAAUGCCUUCGAAACGAGUCACCAUUUCUGAUAUAGUAGGUCCUAUUGAAGAAUUUCCUAAGAGCCGUAGCCAGGCCACAGUUUCUUCUGACAGCAGCAUGAAAAAUCCCAGUGCUGCAAAAUCAGAAAAACUGAAGUAUAGUCAAGAAUUAAUGAAGAGGACUAUCUCAAGGAGUAAAUCUAGGGGACAAGAUUUUUUUUCUAUUACGGGGAAAAGACUGCAGACUGCAGGGAUCCUAAAGAAUGUCAGUAAGCCGGGGUAGUUUUUUACAACUAGCAUUAAAAACGGAUCUCUGUACAUCUGAUAUGAAAAGGAAGCAAACAAACUGAAGACACUGAGUAAAAGAAGAGAACAACAUGUUCAGAUAGGGAUUAGAAAUCUAGAAACUAGAAUUGUUCCGUUCUAAUAUAAUAAAAACAAACAUGGUUAAAACAGUAGUACAUAUUUCUUCUUUUGUUGAGUAUUUCACCAAACAUUAGCAACAUGACUUGUCAGUGUUUUAACCAUCAUCUUCACUGACGGUUCAGAAUUGUAAUUUUCUUUUUAAAACACUUAUAUUACAGGAAAUUUGAUGUAGGUAUAUCUUAAGUUCUUUUGCUUAUCAAGUAAACUUACGAUAUGCUAUAGUGAUGCAAAUAAUGUCAUAAUCUAUACCAGUUCACAAUGGACUCAGACCAUGUGAAAGAAAGGAAAAGAUUGGCAACUAGUUUUGAGAACAUGCAAUAGUCCUUUCACACUUAUGUUGUCACAAGAAGGAGAAUCACAUUAGAAAGGUAAUGUACCUGGACACAUCCCCAGUAUCCACAUUAGGCAUUGCUGUUAGGCCUGUACAAUCAUGAAUCCAGAACUCAGAGAAAGCCUACACAUGAAGAGUACAUAACCUUUCCCUUAUUCCAUGCUUCCCAUGUAGACACCAGUGAUGAGGCCAGUAAUGUUGAUACUAUAUUUUUCUGGGUCAUUAGUGUGAAAAUGAACUGUGAAGAACUAAAAAAAGACCUCCCCAAACUGAAUAAACUGGCAGUAAAAUGGCACAUGCAAUUCAGUGUAACGUGUAAAGUGAUACACGUUGGGGCAAAAAUAUUGAUUUCACAUCUAUGCUCAUGCAGUCUGAACUGGCAGUGGCUGUCCAUGUUGACCCAAUGUGCAGCAGCUGUUCCAUGCCAGGGAUGAAACUGAAAAUAAGGAAUUGAAAAUAAAACUGCUAAUAUAAUAAAGCUACUAUACAAAUCUAUGGCAUGGCUGCAUACAGUUCUGGUCACCUCACCUCAAAAAGGAUAUUGUAGAGUUGGGAAGGUUCAGCCUUAAAAGGUAACCAAAAUGAUCAAGGGGAUGGAACAACUCUAUGCAGAAAGGUUACAACAUCUGGGGCAUUUUAGUAUAAAGAAAAGGUGAGUAAGAAGUGAUAUGAUAGACAUGUAUAAAAUAAUGCAUGAAUGGAGAAUGUGGAUGGAGAAACGUUUUUCUCCCUCCAUCGUAACACUGGAACUUAGGGACAUCCCGUGAAGUUACAUGUAUGAAGAUUCAGGACAAACAAGAUAACUUCACACAGUACAUAUAUAAACUAUGGAAUUUGCUUCAACUGGAGGCAUAGAUGGCCACCAACUUGGAUGACUUUUAAAAAGGAUUAGACAAAUUAAUGGAGGAUAAGACUAUCAAUGACUACUAGCCACCAUGACAAUGUUUAGCCCUCACUGUCAAAGGAGUCAAUAUGCCUCUGUAUACCAGUUGCUGGAAGCCACAGAAGGCAAGAGUGGACUCAGGUCCUACUUGCAGGCUUCCCAUAGGCAUCUGGUUGGCCACUGUGAGAACAGGAUGCUGGACUAGAUGAAUCACUGGCCUGAUCCAGCAGGCUCUUAUGUUCUUAUGUAGAAGGGGGACCAGAGGUGGUGUCUCACAACCCCAUACUAUGUGUGAUCCCCCUUCAUGUAAUGCCCAUGUUGAAAGGGGCCAAUGAGUCAACACAUUUCCACUUUUGGGAGGAAGUCUGUCACUUGGAUCAAGCCUGUCACUUAGCUUCUUCUAUUAGAGAAGGUUAAAAUCAGUUGGUGUAUAUUGUUCCUACAUGGGUGUUUGCUUGUUAAUAAAAUACCUGUUCUAAACUACUGCAUUGAUUCUGGAACUUUGUGUUUAAGACAACACAUGCUAUUAGGAGUGUAACACAUUAUGUGAACAUACUGUGGAAGACUGCAAACUGCAGAGUGAUGACAGCUUUACAUUUUUUAUGAUAUAGGCAAACAUAGAAAGAUCCACCUGUCAUUGACUGGUUGGACACAGAUGAAUCCCCAGCUGGGGAACUACCAAGGGAAGAAGGCUCAGAGUGUGGGAAGUGGUGGUAAGACAAUGAUGAGUAGAGAAGAGGGAGAAACUGGGAAGAGGAAGUGUUGGAAGCCAAAGGGGUAACAGGACUUAGUUUGUGGGGAGAGCCUGUGGCAGAAAGAAGUCAAGAUUCAGGGGCAGAAGCUGAAGCAGAUGAGUGGGAGGGGGGAGGUCAAGAGGCAGAGGGGAAUCAAGCUAGUGAAGAGUCACAGGUGUCUCCCCUCUGCUGCUGUGAUAAGCUCCUCUCCCUACAUACUCCCAGAACCAGGAAAUGUAUGAAACAGGAAGAGCAAAGACAGGCUGCACACAAUCUCUGACUGCCUGCAAGAAGCCCUGGAGAGGAGGAGACAUAGGCGGUUGUGGGGGGGCAGCAAGUUUUAGUCUUGGUAACUGAUUUUAUGGAGUAGGAUCUACAGGGCAUGAGCUGCUAUGUUCAUCAGGCCUGAAACUGCGCCAAGUUUGUGAAGAUCCUGAGCCCCAAUGUUGACAAUUUCUGAGUAAACAUUAACAGGACAGGACUGCAAAAGUGCCAAAUAAAUUAUUAACAAUUGGAUUGAGUAUAGGCCCAUUAGAAAGAAUAGACUCUCUCCACUACUUACCGUACUUCAUUAUUCGUGAAAUACUAUGAUUGCCAUUAGAGAAUGCCUAGAAAUUGUUUCCUCUUCCCACUUUUCUUUCUGUGGUAUCUCAUUCCUCCUCUGGAGGGCAACAUUAGCAAACACUUUGUCCUAUAGUCUAUCAAUUAAGUUUCU